AGCCGCAGCCUCUUACCUGGCCACCAGGUAGCUCGCAUUUCCGAGCGAGCGAGCGGCCGCGGCGCCCGCACCACCUGUCGCCCGAUGCGCGCGCGCGGGCGGGGAGCGAGGCUGGGGGCCAUGGCCUGCUAGUGUCCCCUGGGGAGACGCUGCGGAGUUCAGUCUGGGGCAGGACGGGGCAAGGGAAGGAAGGUCCUUCCCCCCGGGAAGAGCGCGGCCGGCAGCAGCAUGAAAAAGAGCCCCACGAUGCAGGGCACCUUCAGCAAACUCUUCGGGAAGAAGCAUGGCAACCCCUCCAGUACGUCCCUCUACGCCACCAACCCGCCCUGGAUUUUCACCCAAGAGGCCCCAGAAACGGGGACCAGGGACUUCGACGGGAUCUAUUAUGGAGACAAUCGGUUCAACACCGUGAGCGAAUCCGGAACGGCCACCCUGAAGGCCCGGCCCAGAGUUCGGCCCCUGCUGACCUUCAUUCCCCUGAAUGCCCAGGAGAACCACGGGCUGGCUGUGCCCACCCCCUCUGUCCCAGAAGAGUUUGCGGACAAGGAAGCGGGAGGUGCCAGCACACUAGUCAAUGGCAACCUCCGGCUAUACAGCUCUGUGGGCGACCUGAGGCCUGUACACUAUGACCUGGACUCAUCCAUCCCCCCACCUCCUCCAGGCCCAGCCCCAGGGCCACCCCAGGACACCUCACAGCCUCCAGGAGAGGCCCCUCCUCCACCACCUCCACCUGGCCCUCCCCCUCCCCCUCCCCUGCUGUUGGAACCCCCACCCCCACCCAGCACAGCCCCACCUCCACCUCCAGUCCUGGACUUAUCUACCCUCUCCCCGCCAUCCACACCUACCCCUCCUGACUUCAUCCCCCCUGCCCCACCGUCAGCCUUUCUAACCCCUCCCCCACCUUCUUUGCCAGCCCCCGGACCCCCAUCUCCGGUCUCUCCUCACCCAACUGGAACUCGGCAAUUCCCCACCGGGGGUAUUAGCAAGUGGAAAUCAGAAGCAGCACUCAACGGCAGGCAGCCAGAAGACCCCAGAACCAGCCCCCCCAAAAGCCCUGCUGAACUAAAGGGGAGCUCCCUCGGGCCUAGCCCAGAGCCCCACCUCACCUUCCCCAGGUCAUUUAAGGUGCCUCCCCCAACUCCAGUCAGGACUUCAUCUAUCCCAGUUCAGGAAGCACCAGGGAUUUCCCCGGAGGAGGAGGAAGCCACCCAGAAGACCUCCACCCACCUCCCAUUGCCCCCCAGCUUCAACAUCCGCCCUGCAUCUCAAGUUUACCCAGACAGGGCCGCAGAGCCAGAGCAGCCCAGAGAGCCUAGGCCUGAGACACCAGGCAGCCCAAGGCCCAGGCAGUCCCAACCCCAGACAAAUGGACAAGCCGCAGCGCCACCACCAGCCCCUCCCUUGCCUCCGCCCCCUCCCCCACUCCCACCGCCAGCACCCUCCCUGCCCCCACCUGCUCCCCCUUUGCCCUCUACUGAGCAGGCAGCCCCUCUAUCUGCUGGACUUCUGAAGACCCCCAAAUCCAGCUCACCUGCUCUCAAACCCAAACCCAACCCCCCCAGUCUGGAGGACACAGACUCAUCAGAACCUGUGGACUGGAGGGACCCCCGACAGAUGGAAAAGCUUCGAAGUGAACUGGCGGCCUAUCUCUGUGGGUCCAGGAAAGAGGACCGAUCGCUUGGCCACAGGCCAUUGUCUAAGGUGGCCUUGAAGGACAAGGAGAACAGGAAAGACACGAGACCAUCAGAGGAGGCAGCUCCUCCAAGCCUGCCUGAGAAGGUGCAACCCUGUGCUCCUGAGAAGAGCCCCUCCAGCAGCAGCCUGCCAGAGAGAGAAGUCACCAGCAGCCCGGCCCUACCCCCUGUGGACUACAUCCCCCAGGAUGCUCCAGCUCCUAGCGUCAGGCAGAUCCGCAACGAGCUAGAGGCUCGGUUUGCCGCCUCCUCGGAGAAAGAAGCCAAGCCCAGUAUAGGGUCUCUGCCUCCCAAACCCCGGCUGGAAGGGGGAAGAACCUUUGAAAACGGGACUGAUAAUGGCAGAUUCCAUAAGCCUGUCACCAAGAAUCCGCCCCAGCUGUCUGCCACCCCUCUGCCUGCCACAACAAUCCAGGCCAAGGCUUCACCUGGCUCAACCACACCACCCAAGGCCACACCUGGGCCAAACACACCAUUCAAACCUACCCCUGGGCAGGCCACACUCCCUAAGGCCGCACCUGGGCUAGCCUUGCCACUCAAGCCUGCACCUGAGCAGACCAUACCACCCAAAGCCACACCUGGGCUAGCCUUACCACUCAAGCCCACACCUGAGCAGACCACAUCACCCAAAGCCAAACCUGGGCUAGCCUUACCACUCAAGCCCACACCUGAGCAGACCACAUCACCCAAGGCCACACCUGGGCUAGCCUUGCCACUCAAGCCUACACCUGAGCAGACCACAUCACCUAACAACACACCUGGGCUAGCCUUGCCACUCAAAUCUACACCUGAGCAGACCACAUCACCUAAGGACACACCUGGGCAGGCCACACCAUCCAAGGACACACCUGGACUGUCCAUCCCAUCACCUCAGUCACUGGCAGAGAAGGAGCUUGCCCCAGUUAGGCAGAGAGAAAGGCCAGAAUCUCAGGAAAAUGCAGUGGCCCCCCAACACGCCACAAAUGGAGGCCUCUCGCCUCCAGCCCUCCCACCAAAGAUGUCCGCUGGUGGAGAGGAAAUACCGUACCUCUACAGACCCCAUCGCAGCCAGAACAGCCACAGCCGAGGGGUUGCUGUAGUGAUUCCCACUCGGGCCGGAGGGGAGGCCGAAGGCGAGGCCGAAGGCUCAGGAGGACCAAUGGACGAGAAGGAGUCCCAAAGUCAUCCAGCCAAAGCCCUCGCUCCAGUCCAGCCUGCUGACCAACUCCUCAGACACCCGGUGACCGGGGAGGUGGUGGAACGGGGUUCCCCGAUGGCCUUGCUCCUGGCAGCCAGGCAGAGGGCACAGAAGACGAGGCCUGGAGGGACUGCGAUAGGACGGUCCUCUCUGCCGGGGAGUCUCCGUGACCGCGGCAGCCAAGCAGAGGCCAGCUCUGACGGCAUCUUUUACAAAGGCAGCCGGCCCAACUCUUUCAUCGUGGUCCCUAAAGUGCCCAGUGAGCCAGACGACUCCCACCUGACGUCAGCGCGCCCCACUGAACCCAGUCAGUGGAAGCCCCAGCAGGGACGGGACACACAGGGCCCAGAGCUAACCCACAGGCAUGGGUGGUCUAAGACCGAGCCCCCGGGCCCUGUGGCCCGGCAAAAACCGGUUCCCUCAAGCUCACCCCGGAGCUGCGCGCUCCCCAAGUCCUUCUCUUCUCCGCCCUCUCCUUCCUACAAGAGGGCAGAGGAAGAGGAGGAGGAGUUCAGCUUCGAUAUCAUUCCGCCACCGCCAGAGUUCAGCAAUGACCCCGAGCCCCCCGCCCGUGGGCCCCCCGCCCCUGGGCUGCAGCAUCAGGGCCUCCGCGGGUCCCCACCGAGGAACAGCUUCUCAGACUUGGGGCAGUCCCGGAACGCGGGCUUCUCGCGCUUCCCGGGCGCUCAGUACCCCGGCCCCGGGGGCCUGGAUCGCUUCUCGGGCAGCGGACGCUGCUCGCUCAUCAAGAAACGCUUGUACGUCGGGGAACCCAACUGCAACCCCGGGACGCCCCGCGGCUCCACCGGCCGCAGCCUGAGCUCCCCCAACUGCUUCGGGCCGCAGCCAGGAGGUCCUGAGAUGCGACGGGUCAACUCGGCGGGCCGUGCGGCCCCCGGAGGCCUGCACGCACGAAGGCUGUCGCUGGAGGGCGCCCGGGGCGCAGCCGAGGUCAAGUACAAGGCUCCCGGCGGAGGCAGUGGCAGUGGUAGCAAACCUGGGGACUAUGGCUUCGUCCCUGCCAAAGGCAGCAGGUCUCCCCACGGCACCACCCACUAUGGAAGUCCCAUCAACACGUUCACCGUGAGGCCCGGGACCCGCCAUCCCAUCUCCUACGCCUACCCUGGGACCCAUCGGAAAGCCGCUUCUUGAGCUGGGCUUCUCUUGGCUGCCUUCGAGGGGUUCGAUCUGAGCAGUUGUUGUGAGGGGAGGGGGGUGGGAUGUCGCACCAGGUAUUCUAGGUCCCAGCUCAGACACCACUGAGAGCCUUUGUUCUGGAAGACAGACAGGCGAAGUGUGAGUGGCCGAGGCCUGUGGAAGAUGGAAACAUCUGUUUCUGAGAGCACCAAGGACCAGCUUGGCUGCGGACUUCCGGGGAUGGGAGGGGGAAGGAGAGGAGCAGCUUUUUGGGCCCUGUUUCUACUGUCUGGUACUGUCCACAGUACAAGGUUUUAUGGAAACGCGGGGGGUGACAGUUUGCCUGUCGGCCUCACAAAGUUCAGUGUAGGUAGAUGUCUUUAACCCCACUGUUUACCCUGAAUGGGUAAUGGCUGGCCUUCCUAGCCAAUUGGCAAUGAGAUUAAGACUGCAUAACACUGGACUCCGAAUCGGGAGCCGUAUGCCAGGGAUAGGGUCACUGCUCCUUGGCAUUGGCAUUUGCCCAUGAGGAGAAACUUGGGAUGGGAGGUGGAAGGUUCAGGCUUGCUUUUCCAUUCAGGCCCGUGAAGUCCUGGGUCUGGGGAUUGGGCCCUAGGAGCCACAAGGCCCAGGAAGUGUGGAAAUGGGUCUCUGAAAGUCAGGGCUAGUUAGUACACUAGGGGCAGUUCAGAGCACGAGAGACCUAUCGAUAGGGUGCCCAUUCGCCCUCUCCCUGGGGUUGUGCCAGCGGAUUGGGAUAUGAUAUAUACUGUGUCCUGGUUUGUAUGUUAAUGUCAAAGGUGUCCAGAAUAGUUCUACAGGUAGUGAGUGCCCGGAUGUGGGACCAGGUCAAGGCAGGUAAGAAAGGAAGGUCAGUUAGGAAGGAAGUGGCCUGCUUCAGAUGAGCAGGGAGCAGCCAUGAGGAAGGGCCUGUGGGAGGAGGACAUGGGGCCUUCAUGGUCUGUGGUACCGGCUGCAGGACUAGAUGGCUGGGACAGCAGGUGCAGAGAGGAGAUGGUACCCAGGCUGCUUGGGCAGGCUGACGGGUUCGCUGUGUCCUCGAAGCCAAGCUCAUUAACACAGCACUCACUAGUCUAUGAAUGUUUUCCCCAAGGAGGGCUUCAUAAGAGUUUGUUAAUUCAUCUGCUGCAUCUAGGCUUGAGGAGUGGGGUGUGGUCUCCCAGCAAUGGGGUGCCCUGGGGUGGGUGGACAAGGGCUUGAUCUCACUCGGCAUGGGAAAUAAAGGCCAGCUGGGACUGGCCCCUGCUGUGUGGCUGUAGACUGGUGACUUGGAGCUUCUAAGGCGCCGUGGGAAGCUAGGACUGCUCGGUUGGAAAGCACCCAGCACAGGGCCCAGGCCCAGAGGUGAAGGCAGACAAUAAACAGACUGUCCCUACACAA